UACUCCCUGUUGAGAAACCUGGCGUUCCCUGAGGCUCCAGCCAAACUACCAUACGAGUCCCUGAAAUUGCUGCUGCUCAACCAUCUACUGCCCACUGAAUUCCAAGCGCAUGAAAGAGCCGAAUUCAACAACAUGAUUCGGGCCGAUGAUUUUCCCUGCCGUGAAUUCAUCCUGCAGCUGAACAAACAAGCAUCACGCUGCAAUUAUGGUGAUCGCCUGGAAGAACAAAUGUGUGACCACCUGGUGGCAGGCAUCAGUAGUCUGAUUCUUCAACGAAAGUUGCUGGAGAAGAAAAAUUUAACUUUUGCCGAUGGCCGCAAGAUCUGUGAGCAACACGAGUACCUAAUGAAAGCCACUUCCAGUGUAUCAGUCACAUUGUUCCAACGGCAGAAGACACGACCAAACCGACCACCAAUGACCAAGUGUGUACCGAAGCUGCAGCAAGACUCUUCAGGUAACAAGAAACGUAUCCAUCCUUGUUUGUCAUGUGGAGCUUACCAUUUGCGCUCCAAUUGCCGCUGCCGAAAUGUCAAGUGUCAUGCAUGCGGAAAAACUAGCCACAUUCAGAGAGUGCGCAAACAGCCCCUUUACAAUCUUAAAAACCGACUGCUGCGAAUGACACAAAUCUGGUGCUCUCUCUACGAUCCGGAAGAAAACGCACCCAAUUCCUAUACACAGAUGUGA